UAACUAGGCAACGAGACGCUUCGCAGGAGCUAGCUAAACAUAGAGAGUUGUGUUUUUUCUUACAAUAGACCAGUUAAGACUAAAUAGAAAGUUUGUUUUUCAUCAUGUCAGAUGCUGAGGUUGAGGAAGAGUUGGUGGAGAGUUCAGGAGUUAGUAGAGAGGAAACAGAGGAUGACAUCAAGAUGAGAGGGCAGUCUCAAGUCUACACUGCAACCAGAGACACACUCUUCCCAAAGAAGAUAGCUCACACUAAAACACAUGCAUUGUCACUAAGGUGGGUAUUUGGGAAGAAUCCUGCUCUUCCUGCCUUCAGUCUGCAAGACCACGAUCAGCUGGUGAUCUUCUAUGCUGGAGCUCAUGUUGGGGUCAUCUACAAUCACACCUUAAACUCCCAGCACACACUUCAGGGUCACUGCCGCCCCGUCUCAUGCAUGUGUGUGAGUGAAGACAGACGCUGGAUUGCAACAGCAGACCAGGGGCCGAAAAGCACAGUGAUGAUAUGGGACUCCUACUCUAGCAUUCCUGUACAUACAUUGUUUGAUUGCCACCCUGAGGGGGGUGUCAUUGCGAUGGCAUUGUCAAGAGACUCAAAACAUCUGGUGACACUCGGGGCUGAGGAAGUUCAACGUGUGUGUAUUUGGGAUUGGACAAAUGAAACAGAUGAACCCUCGUGGUUUACUGAACUCAAUCCUAACCAUGGUUUCCAAGACAGCAUCAUUUUUAAUCCAAAUGAUAGCACUCAGCUGCUCAGCAGCAAUGAACGCCAGGUGUUAUUUUACAGCCGGGCCCAGGGAAGUCUGCAAUACUUUACCCUGAAGCUUGAGAAGCCUUCUCUCGGCGCUCAAACUGUCAACAUGGCUGGCAUGUCACUGAGCCAGUCUGUGUUUCACUGGAGAGAGCCUCAGAUCCUGACUGCGACUGCAGGAGGCAGCCUUUUGGUGUGGGAUGUGACGGAAGACUUGGCUGCAGACCAAAACUUCCCCAUAGAUAGAGUCCGUCUCAUUGACCUUCAGAACGAUCCCAUCACUGCUCUCGCCGUAACUGACAGAUGCAUCGUGACUGGUGACACUCGAGGCCAUAUCAAGUUUUAUGAUGAAGACUUCAUGCUUCUCACUUUGUACUGUGAAUUCAACCUGGACGCUAUUGUUUCCAUUUCCUUUUCCAAAGAGUGCACAGACGGAUACAUGCACGGCUGCACUCUGGAGGCAAAACCAUUCAUACUCAGGAACUUUGUUGUGUCCACAGUCAGUUCCAUAGUGGCACACGUGGAUACACAGAAGGGCACCUGUGAAAUCCUGCUACAUAAGGAAUGUGAGCCUAUACAUGCAGUGGCCUGUCACCCCAAACAGCCAGCCGUGGCCAUGGGCAAUCAAAGGGGUGUUUUAAAAGUGUGGGACUAUAACGACAAAGUGGUCAUCUACAGCAGGGUCUUCGAGACGGAGAAGCAGAUUCAGUGUGUCACUUUUGACCCUCAAGGAUCAUACCUGGCCGUUGGCUUUGGCAGCGGAGCGGUUCACAUACUGAACCUCAGCACUUCACAAAGUGACCCAGAUGAGUGUUUCCAUUGCACUGAAGAUGGCAUCCAUCACAUCACUUUCUCCUCAGACUCAAAGUAUCUUGCCACUGCGGAUGCUGGGAAAGCAGUGACGGUAUUCCGCUUGCAGACUAAUGAAGGCUGUCUGCCUCGUUGGGCAUAUAUGGGCAGACACCGCUCCCACUACAAGCCCAUCAUAGACCUCCUUUUUGGGGUUCACCUGGACAGCACCCAACCCAGACUGCUCUCUCUGGGAAUGGAUCGCCGCCUGGUGGAGUACGACCUGGAAAAGAGUGACUUGAAUAAGCUUAUCAUCCUGAGCUCAGAGCGCAUUGAGCAAAGCGCUGUGCCAUCGGGCAUGACGUGGUAUCCUCCCCUCACUGCAGAGCAGUUUCUCCUGGUUGUCUCAGACCAAUACAAGAUGAAGCUUUUCAACAGCACUACCAAGAUGUGCAGAAAGACUCUCCUUGGCCCAACAUAUGGCUCUCCCAUUAAGACAACAGUGGUCCUUCCCAUGUCUAAAGAAGCUGAGACAAACUCGUAUUACCUGGCAUACAUCACAGAGGACAAGGUGGGUCUCCAGAUUUUGCCUCUGGAUGGGAACCCCUACAAUUCCAGUGCUGUGAUCUGCCAUCCGACAGGGGUGUCCACAUUUGCCUGCUCCUACGACGGCCUGUUUGUUUUCACUGCAGGGAGAUCUGACUGCACUGUCCUGUCGUGGGAAAUAAGCUUAAAUGCAUUGGAGGCAGCAGCUGCCUUGGGAGGAAAGGACGUGACGCCCUUUUACGCUCUUUUAGAGGGAGGCAGAGAUGGCAAGUUCUACAGGGAGAUGGAGGACUUUUUCUAUUUCUGCCAAAUUCGUGAUCAAGGUGCUGACUCAAUGGAGAUCCGAAAAUUGUCGACCAAAAUCCCCCUGUCAGAGGUUCCCUCGCUCAUGAGAGCUUUGGCCUACUUCCCUACUGAGCAAGAGAUAGAACAUAUGCAUAACGAGGUCAAAUUCAGCAAGUACGCAGAAACAGGAAAAUAUGUGACUGACAUCGACCUGGAGGAGUUUAUCAAGCUGUAUGUGAACCACCGGCCAGCAUUCUCUAGCAAUGAGCUUGUUCAAGCUUUUCACAUCCUUGGUGACCAUGAUAAUACAGGACAGCCUGUUCUGCAGAGACAUGAACUGCUAGAACUUCUACAGGCUCGAGGAGAACACAUGACAGAGGAAGAGGUGGCAGAGUGUUUCACAACACUUUUGGGCCUCAAUGAAGAGGAGGAAGAAGACACAGGAGGAGUGGGGGAAAGUUCUGACCAUGACAUUUAUAAAUCUGACAGUGGAGAAUCAGAAUAUUCACUGGCGUGUGUGAUCCCAGAUGAGAUAUCCAUGGAGACGUUUACAGGUCACAUCCUCGGCUUCCCGUCCCCAGCAGAGCAGAGCGGCAGGUCUUCCCCCCCAGAGUGAUGAAAGCAAGAAACUGUCUAUUAGACUAAGAGAAAUUGUGUUGAUGACAAACCUCAGACUCUCUGCUGUUCUUUUUAAUGGUUCUUUCCAUAACGUGCAUGAGAUGCUGGAAUUUGCAUGUAUUUUAAUUUAAAAUAUGAUGAAUAAAUAUCAAUAUAACUUUUUUUCUCAUUCA